GCUGCAAGUGUAGCAGUCACACCCUCUUAAAAUGGGAAGUCUGCACUCAGAGUGAACCUUCAACACUUUUGUUCACUCCUAUAAUUUACGGUAUUGAGUCCUGUUAAACAUACAAAGAAAAUCCAUAUCCCAAGAUGCAGUGGUGCAGGUGGGCUGGCAGUUGGAAAUCACAACUUCCAACACAGACUGCUGGGCCAGAGAUUGAAGACUCUUUUGACUUUCUUUUUAAAAUCAUCUUGGUUGGUGACUCAGAUGUUGGGAAGACCUGCGUGGUGCAAAGCUUCAAAUCUGGCAUCUUCAUCGAAAAGCAACAAAACACCAUUGGUGUUGACUUUACUGUUCGUACCCUGGACAUUGAUGGCAAGAAGGUGAAGAUGCAGGUGUGGGACACUGCGGGACAGGAGCGUUUCCGCACCAUAACUCAAAGCUACUACCGCAGCGCCCAUGGGGCGAUGGUGGCCUAUGACAUCACUCGACGCAGCACAUUUGAAUCGGUUCCACACUGGAUCAGGGAAGUGGAGCUGUACGGAGCUGCCAGUGUGGUGCUGAUACUCAUUGGUAAUAAGUCAGAUCUCCACACUAAGAGACAGGUGCUCUUCGAGGAUGCUUGCAAUCUGGCAGAAGACAGUGGUGUGCUGGCUGCUCUGGAAACCUCAGCCAAGGAGGCCCAGAACAUAGAGGCUGCCUUCAUUCUUAUGGCUCGAGAACUAAUGGCACGCAAUGGUAUGACCAUCAUAAACGAGUCCUCUGAAAACUCUCCUCAGUUCAUGCUGAGUAACAACUCUCACCCGGUUCCUAGUGCCGUGGUUACAGAUAAAAAGUGUGGGUGCCGAGAAGGCUGAAGCAGGGAGUCACUCGAAGAGUGGGAAUGGAGGCCUGAAUACUCAAUUUACCUGUUUCUCUACCAGAGAAUGGGAUGUUAUUUAAAGAGAAACUGUGUGUUGCAACGUGUGUGUGAAUACUGGUUUUGUAUGUUUUGACUUUUUAAUAUUUAACAUGUUGUAAUAUUAUUCUAAGGAUAAUGAAUGUGAUGACAAACCACUCCUCUGCCAGAGGACUCUGUACACAGACUCCAGCACAGUAAACACUACAGUUUUA